AUGGCUGUGGGAAAUUAUUCCUCCGUGACAGAGUUUAUUCUUGUGGGGCUGACGGACCGACCCAGGCUCCAGCUGCCCCUGUUCUCCUUAUUCUUGCUGAACUAUAUAGUAACUGUGGUGGGAAACUUGAGCUUGUUGAGUCUAAUUUGCCUGAACUCACACCUUCACAACCCCAUGUACUUCUUCCUCUUUAAUCUGUCCUGCAUUGAUUUCUGUUACUCAUUUGUCUUCACCCCCAAAAUGCUGAUGGGCUUCAUGACUGUGAGGAACACCAUCUCCUAUGCUGGGUGCAUGACGCAGCUGUUCUUCUUCUGUUUUUUUGUCAAUUCGGAGUGCUACGUGCUGACAGCCAUGGCUUAUGACCGCUACGUGGCCAUCUGCCAGCCCCUGCAGUAUGCUGUCCGCAUGUCCCCUAGGACCUGUUCUCUGCUGAUGGUGGGUUCACACCUGCUGGGGUUAGCUGGUGCCGUGGCUCACACGGGGUGCAUGGUCAGGCUCAGCUUUUGUGAUGCCAGCAUCAUCAACCACUACAUGUGUGACAUCUUCCCCCUGCUCCGGCUCUCCUGCAGCAGCACCUACGUCAACGAGCUCAUGACUUCUGUUGUUGUUGGUGCAAUUGUCAUUCUAUCCAGUCUCAUGAUCUUGAUCUCAUACGCCUUGAUUCUCUUUAAUGUUAUUAACAUGUCGUCAGGCAAGGGCUGGUCCAAAGCAAUGGGCACCUGUGGCUCUCACAUUGUAACGGUGGGCCUCUUCUAUGGCUCCGGAAUCCUCACUUACAUUAGACCAACAUCUACCGAGUCCGUGGGCCAAGGGAAAUUUUUCUCUGUGUUUCAUACCCUUGUGGUACCCAUGCUGAACCCCCUCAUUUAUAGCCUGAGGAACAAGGAUGUCAAACUCGCUCUGAUGAGAACCCUGAGGAAAAUCACAGAGUGA